GUGACUGCGACGGCUUUCUGGGAGCUGUAGAUUUCCGCUCUAGGUGACGACUUCCGGCCUGGGGGUUUGUUGUUAUUCUCUCUCUUCCACGGCUCCGGUCAGUCGCGGUUUCCGCGGCGGCGGCGGAGGAUGCUUCAUGGAGAGUCGGGAAGACCCCGGAGCUGCCGCCACCUCCUCCGCCAGUAACGAAGCCGAUGCGGCCGCAGAGAGGGAAGCAGCGUCCGGCUCCUCGGGUUCCGAUUCUGAUGACGAAGGUGGGGCUUCUGGAUUGACCGAAAUGGAGUUUUUGCGAAAUCUCUUGUCCCGGACAUUAAACUUGGGCAGCGAGAAGCCUGAAAAAGUGCUGGAUGAGCUGACCUUGGAGGGAGUGAGCAGAUACAUGCUGACUGAAAAAUGCAAAAAUGUGGUGUUUAUGGUUGGAGCAGGAAUCUCGACUGCUGCUGGGAUUCCAGAUUUCCGCUCCCCAGGGACAGGGCUCUAUGCCAAUCUGCAGCAGUACAACCUGCCAUACCCUGAAGCCAUCUUUGAGAUCAACUACUUCAAGAAACACCCGGAACCAUUUUUUGCUUUGGCCCGGGAGCUAUACCCAGGACAGUUCAAGCCCACAGUUUGUCACUACUUCAUGCGCCUCCUAAAAGAGAAAGGGUUGCUGCUCCGUUGCUACACACAGAACAUUGAUACCUUGGAGCGGGUAGCUGGUCUGGAUCAUGAAGAUUUGGUAGAAGCUCAUGGCACCUUCUUUACCUCGCACUGCAUCAGCCCCACCUGUAAGAAGAUGUACAGCUUGGAGUGGAUGAAAGAAAAGAUCUUUUCCUCUCUCAUCCCCAAAUGUGAAAAAUGUCAGAGUGUGGUGAAGCCAGAUAUCGUGUUCUUUGGGGAAAAUUUGCCCUCUCGGUUCUUCUCCCUGAUGCAGUCAGAUUUCCAGAAUGUGGACUUGCUUAUUAUCAUGGGCACUUCCCUUCAGGUCCAGCCCUUUGCCUCACUUGUUGCCAGAGUCCCCACAAACACCCCACGGCUUCUUAUCAAUAAAGAAAAGACAGGGGAGAGUGACCCUUUUAUGUCCUUGAUGGGCUUUGGCUGUGGGAUGGACUUUGACUCAGAAAAGGCAUACAGGGAUGUUGCAUGGCUUGGAGAUUGUGAUGAAGGCUGCUAUGCUUUGGCUGAGUUUUUGGGAUGGAAGAAGGAGCUUGAAGACCUGGUGAAAAGUGAGCAUGCCACCAUUGAUGCCAAGUCAGGGCAGGCGGUUGGUGAUGGGGCGAGCGCCUCCCGCCCUCACAUGAAGGACCACCAGCAGAAGCCGUCCCCAAAGAGAGAAAGGCCUCCUCACCCCCAAGAUGAAUGAAGAGCUUAGACCCGAUGGAAGAGGGACCCUUUCUGUGGAUGAAUUAAAAAUCAAAACUGACGUUGGCUGAGUGAUCCUUGUGGCUUGUAAAGCAUUCUUUCAGGGAUGGGGCCAGAGAAAAGAUCGCCCCCGAGGUUUUUAAUCUGGAAGUUCAGUGGGGAAUCCUAGAGACUGUGAUGACUUGUGCAGUGAAAGAGACCAAAAAAACACAUUCAGGAAGUUUUUCAUGGCUUGGGUUUUCUUGGAGUGUUUGCUUGGAAGGCCUACUAAACUGAAAUCAUGGCUGCAAUGUUGGAGAGUUAAAUUAGCAAUACAAAUGUUUCUUUAUGAUUUUUAAAAACCUUUGCUGUUAAUUUGCAACUAACUAGCUAAAGAAAAUAGUUCUAAUUGGGGCGAUGGCGAGAUGGACAAAGGAGUGUUGACUGUACCCUUCGUGCACUUAUCCUUGAGAGGUAGCUUUGGUUUGGCCAAAGAAGGCAGCUGCUGGAAGGAAUGCGUCAAGAUGAUAUGAUCUAUUUUUUCAUUCUUGCAAGAUGGCAAUUUUAGAUGUGUUUUAAGCCAUUGUCUCUGUCGUUUGCAGUGAAGCUACCAGAGUGGCAAUUAAAAUCAAGCACCUUGAUACUGGAAAA